AUGGCUUUUGAAAACUUAAAGAAAUCCUUAUAUUUUUAUGGUAAAUAUGCUGAAAUUUGCGGUUUUGAUAUACGUUCAUCUACUAGCUACAAAAAAAAGGGUAUUGUUUUUUUAAAAUAUUUUGUUUGUAGUAGGGAGGGUAUCAUAAAACCUAAACCUAAGAAAAGUGCAGAUGUUGUUGCACGUUAUAAGAGAUCAACCAAAAGAAUUGGUUGUAAAGCUAGAUUGAUUUUGAAAUAUUGCAUAGCGAAGAGAACAUACCAUGUUUUAAAAUUCGAAGAGGCGCACAAUCAUUGUCUUGUUAGCCCUACAUUGCGUCAAUAUUUAUUGGGUAAUAGGAAAAUGACUUUGUUGCACAAAAAUUUCAUAUCUAAGAAUGCAGGGGUUAAUAUAGGACCGGUUAAUUCCUUUAGAUUGUUUAAGGAAAAUGUCGGGGGUUAUGAGAAUGUGGGAGUGAGAAUGCAAGAUUUUAAGAAUUUCCAUAGGGAUUUGAAAAAAUAUAUUAAAGGAGAUGAUGGGAAGAUGUUGAUCGAGAAUUUUAUCAGAAAAAGAGAUAUUUACACGGGGUUUUAUUUUGAUUAUGCUUUAGAUGAGGAGGACCACAUUUCACGUUUAUUUUGGGCCGAUGCGAUAAGUAGAAAGAAUUAUUGUUUAUUUGGAGAAAUGGUUACUUUUGAUUGUACUUAUAACACCAAUAAGUAUAGCAUGGUAUUAGCCCCUUUUACUGGUGUAGAUCAUCAUAAGUCUUGUAUUACAUUUGGUAUAGGUUUAUUAGCUAAGGAAGAUAGUGAAUCUUUUGAGUGGUUAUUCAGAACUUUUUUACAUUGUAUGGGGGAGUGUAUGCCAACAUAUUUGAUAACUAAUCAAGACCCUGCAAUGAAAAUUGCGAUUAAAAAUAGGUACAAACAAGAUAAGCUCAAUGCUGAAUCACUUCACACAAAUGCACAAUAUAAAACACCAUUGCCGAUUGAAAAACAUGCCGGUUUAGCUCAACGGAGCGAGAGUGAUUUACAAUCACUUUUAGAAAACCUAAAAGAUAUUAGUAGAAAAUUGGAGGAAAAUGAUGAUGUGAGGGUGGACAUUACUAAAGAGCAACAAAUCGAAUUGUUAGUAGGCACAAGUUCAUCUUCGACAAUGGAAAUACAAAACCCAAUCCAAUCAAAGAACAAAGGAAAAAGGCUAAGAAUAAUUGGGGAAAAGGAACAAACUAUUGAGCAAAGCAAGAAGCCCAAAAGAAAGUGCAAAACUUUUGGUAAAUUUGAUUAUCAUGAUAGUCGAAAUUGCCCAUCAACAAAAGAUACCCCACUUAAGAAAAAUUGA